AUGACUAGUGACAGUUAUCUUUUAAAGUUAUCAAAUGUAUUACUAUUACAUAUCAUAUCACAGAUUGAUGAUAAUGAAGAUAUAAUAUGUUUGUUGUUGACUUGUAAACAGAUAUACCGUAAUAGUAGUGUUAGAAGAUUGAUUACAUUCAAAGGUAUAGGUCUUAUAACUGAAAAGGGAGAUAUAUCACAACAGUUUCAAGCAACGGCUACUCGUUUCAACCUCAACACAUUUAAAGAUAUAUUGGAGAAUAGUAUAUCUGAUCAACAUGUCAUCUUUGGGGAAUUCAACAACAACAACAACGACAACUAUCCUCAAUGGAUACAACAACGUAUCAAUAUAUACAGAGACUCUGACAAGAGUAACAUUACAACUGCUUUAGUAACCAAUUACCAAGCAUCAUCAACACUACAAUUAGGAUCACUCUUUAACAACAUCGACAUGUGGCCAUCAAUUGAGACACUAUCCAUCAUCAACGGGACCAAACAACAAAGACAAGAGUACACUUUUUAUUAUAAUCUUAUUAGCCCAGUUGUUGAUCUUGGAUCUAUUGAACGGUUACCUCGUCUCGAACGUCUUUCAGUUUAUGGUGUAAAAGAGGUGAAGCUUGGUCAACACACAACACUCAAGUCACUGAAACUACAUGUUGACCCCCGAUGCACUCUCGCUGACUUGGGACUCACCAGAUUUGUAUCGUUGACCGAUCUGAGCUUCAAGAAUCAGUUUGUGUCGAUUAUAGAAUCGGAUCUAUUGCCAAUCAGUUUGACAUCACUCACUCUCAGAUUCAGCAGCAGCAACAAGACACCUCCACGAGAUAUAUUCCAUUCAUUGGUGUCGCUCGUCAAACUCAAGAUCAUCUUUCAAAAUACACUAAAGGAGGUGGAGGAGGAGCAAGAACAAGCAUUCAUCGAUCUCGAACAUAUACCCAACCUCGAGUCAUUCAAGUUCACCGACAACAACUUCCACCCAUCAUCCAGAAAAUACAGUUUUGAGAUUAGAGUCCCACCUUCCAUCAAGACUCUUAUAAUCCUGUCAGAUUGGGUCUGCAUCCCAUUACAGUGUGUCAUGCCAUUGUUAGAGACAUUGCGUGUGUACGGAGACAUAUUGGUUGAUGGAAGAGUCAGUCUAUUAUCAUCACCAUCUCUCAAGAAACUGGUUAUUGAUCAGUGCAAAGUGAUCAUACCAGCCAAUUUCAUCCCAUCGACUGUUGAAAGUGUUAGAAUAUACAGUUAUGAAAAAGAUGUGGAUAUACUUGAACAAGUUGUAUUCCCACCUUCACUCAGUCACCUAACCGUCACUGGAUACUGUAAGAGUGUUAACCUCCCUCAGUCACUCGUUAAACUAAAGGUGGAUGCCCAUAAAACCUCGGUCUCACUUCCUCACUGUUUGAAAAAGCUAUCGUAUUGGGGAAUUGACAAAUCAUUUGAUUUGAUGACGUUUCCAUCCAACUAUCCACCCAACCUUGAAACAAUCGACCUUACACAUAUCCAUCAGAACGAGUUUGUGAUUGACAAUAUACCACCUAGCAUCACCAAUCUAUUGAUGCCAUUGGCAAAAAGUAGUGAUUGGUUGUAUGGUGGCCCUACAAUCUUUUCAAUCACCUCUAGGUUAACCAAAACUGUUGUCUCACAACAACAACAACAAUGGCUACCACCCAGUAUCACACAUCUAACUUGCAGAAUAUGGGAGUUUCCCUCAAAUUAUAAUUCCCCAAAAUUUGUGUUUAGAUUAGAUGAAGUGAUCAACCAUACCAAUGUUAGAGAUUUAUCAAUCAUUAUUACCAAUUCAGCCAAUCAAGCUCCAACCUAUCAAUUUUCAAUUCAAAGAUUGGACGCAGAUAAUAGAAAUGUAUUGGUUUUAGAGAAACAGACAGUUACAGGUGGAAUCAUCACUCAACGACGAAUAAUAAAAAACAAUCAACAACAACAGCAGGAUCAGCAUACACAAUAUUAUCCCAUUUAUUUAUAUUUGGAUACCUACUCAAAUUCUCCUUAUGACUUGAAAUGGAGUUUUACCAAAGCCAAAUAUAACAAUAACAGUGAAGAAUAA